AUGCUGCCGCUGCAGCGAGUGCUUGGGCUUAUCCUGAAGCCUAUGCUUCUGCUCGCCGGCUGUCUCGUUUGCGCCCACAGUUCCAAAGAUGUGCCUGUUCAAGAGGUCACGGCGCUGGUCGGUGAACCAGCCUACCUGCCUUGUGAUAUAACUCCAGCCAAAGAAGGCGAUACGGUUCAUUUGAUCCUCUGGUUUCGUGAGGAUCGCAACGGGACAUCAGCUUCCAUUUAUAGUGUCGAUGCAAGAGAUCGCGAUCUGACGUACGCCGAAAAAUGGUCGGACGACGAGGCCUUCUCGACACGAGCCACCUUCUUGCAGGACAAGCAGCCGGCCAUGCUGGGAAUCGAUCACAUAAGGGAGGACGAGGCGGGCAUCUAUAGGUGUCGCGUGGAGUUUCAAGUUGGACAGACGAGAAACUCUAAAGUCAAUUUGUCCGUAAUUGUACCACCGCACAAAAUAAUCAUACUCAACGAGCACGGUACCGUACUCAGUUCCAGUGUAGGCCCCUACGUCGAGGGAGACGAUAUGAAGCUCCACUGCGACGUUCACGGAGGCAAACCACCGCCGAGGGUGAGCUGGUACAAAAACGGCCGACCGACGAGCAGCGGCGGUGGCGUCAUGCGAAGGCAGCGAGACGGAACGAUACGAAGCGAGCUCAUCGUCAAGGGCCUGAGGCGUCGCGACGUCCAAAGCGAGUUCACCUGCAACGCCACCAACAACGACAGAUCGCAUCCGCUCAGCGCCAGUGUGCGCGUCAAUAUGAACUUGCGACCGCUGACAGUCAAUAUAGAGGGUGCGAACGAGCCGCUAUCAUCGGAGAAGAGAUACGAUCUCGUUUGCACGACUUCGGGCAGUCGGCCGCUGGCGAACGUCACUUGGUUCCUGGAAAGCCAAAUGCUGACUCAUUCGAAGGACACGACAACGAGCGACGGCAACACGACGACCAGCGUUUUGUCUUUCACGGCGAGUAAGUCGGAUGCUGGAAAACGCCUGUUUUGCCGAGCGCAAAAUCCAAUCAUGAACAGCCAAGCCAUCGAGGAUGUCUGGCUUUUGGAAGUACAAUAUGUGCCUGAAACUACUAUAAGACUUGGUACGAGCCUCGAUCCAAACGCCAUCAAAGAGGGAAGCGACGUGUACUUUGAUUGCUUGAUACAAGCCGAGCCCCCGGUCUACAAGGUCGAGUGGAGGCAUCAGGGCAAAAGUCUGAGCCACAACAUAACGCAAGGCGUAAUAAUAAGCAAUCAGAGCUUAGUGCUGCAGGGAGUCAACAGACGACACGCCGGCAACUAUACCUGUGUCGGUCACAAUACCGAGGGUGACGGCGAGAGUCGGCCCUUUUAUCUGAACGUCAUGUUCGCGCCAACCUGCAAACCGAACCAGAACAAAUAUCACGGAGUCGCAAAGCAAGAAAAAGCGAGCGUCACGUGCCAAGUGGACGCGAACCCGCCCGAGGUGGACUUCCACUGGACGUUCAACAAUUCCGCCGAGAGCGUGAAUCUCGAGCAGAAGCACGUAAAGAGCCAGGGUAUCACAUCGACGGCCAGCUACACGCCCAUGAUCGAGAUGGACUACGGGACGCUGCUUUGUUGGGCGAGAAAUCGCAUCGGACAUCAGCAGACGCCUUGCGCUUAUCAUAUCAUUCCAGCAGGUCGACCGGAUGUGGUGCACAAUUGCACGACGUCGAACACGUCCAAGCACUCGUUCGUGGUGCGCUGCAGUCCGGGCUUCGACGGCGGCUUGAGCCAAUCUUUUCUGCUGGAAGUGCGCGAGAGCAGCAGCCAAGAAGUGAAGGCAAACAUGAGCGAGUCCCAGCCGCACUUCAACGUGAACAAUCUCGAGGCGGGCUCGCUGUAUCAGGUCUUUGUUUACGCCUACAACGACAAGGGCAGGAGCGAGCCGAUGGUCAUCCAGGCCGGGACGCUCAGUCCGCCGGAGAAGCAGCUGACCUCGGAAGAGCAACCGAGGUCGCGGCUGCGAUUGACGCCCAUGCUGAGCGUCAUGAUCGGAGUAGUCGUGGCGCUCGUCAUAGUCGCCGUGAUCGUCAUGAUAGUCCUGCGGAUCCAGCACAGCCAAGUGGACGAGCAUCACCAGACCAAGUCGCAGCAGCAGCACCAGUGCACGGGCACGGGCGGCAUCGCGAUGCCGGGCAUACAGCGCGAGCUCAGGUUCCGCGACUGUCCCAGCCUCAUGAGCGACGAGAAGAGCCUCGAGGCCAGCCCGUUCGGCAAAUUGGACAGCGUCGGCGGUGCCGACUGCGGCGAGGCCGACGAGAAGAACCCCGACAUCAUACCCCAACAGAUAACUUUUCUACGAUCAUCAGCAGACGAAGACUUGUCCGAGUAUCUGAGGAAGAGGCGAUUGGUGUCGACGAUCGAGACGUCUCCUUCGCGGAGUCUGCUCGAGAGAUCAGCCGCCCUCGCGGCGACGAGGUCGAGGGCCAACUACGUGGGAUACUGCACGAUGGCGCGCGGCUCCAUGCCGCUUCGAGAGAUGCCUACGAGCAUCAAGUUCAAUCAUAAGAACCAGCAGCAGCAAACGAUGGCCAGUGAAAUGUACGAGAGCAGCGGGAUGUGCACGUUACCGCGUCAGCAUUAUCAUCAUCACGUACCUGCGAUGCAGUCGUCAUCGGUGGCCUUGAGUAUGGCGCACCCACCGGCGGUCAUGUACACGAGCGGCAACUGCAACAACGUCCGGACGGGCAGCGUCUCUUUGCUGAGGUCGACGGCGCCGGGUGUUCUCUGUGAUCCUCCGUUGCCGGCGCCGCCGCCCCCGCCCCCCGCCUGUUACGUCACCAACAUUCCUCACAACUUGCCACCGGUCAUAAUGGACUCUUCGCCGAUUCUCAUAACCAAGCGGGAGAGCUCGGUCUGACGUAACGCCGAGUACGCCACUAGUGAGUGCUAAACGUGCU